AAGGUCUACUAUCAUCUCGUGUCAAACCAACUCGUUUAUUAGAAACUAAACCAGCGACAAAUCUUGAUUCGACAGCGGCUAGUUAUUUCGAAAAGAAUAUAGAUCACAAUGAUUUUAACUUCGUACUCUAUCAUGAUAGUCCUGCGUCGACAACAUUUGAUAAACUAAAAUUUGGUGAUGAUGUGGAAGAAUAUAUCAAAAGUGUUUGGUAA